GACCAAAGUGACCGAAACCCUUAUCUUUCUGCAAAAAUCGAUUAUUAUAAUUAUUUAUUUGACAGAAAUAAGAAAAACUAUUAUUUAAUUUAUCCGACCCCUCCUCUCCUUUUCACAUUCCUCUGGUUUAAGCUAAAAUAGCCAACAUAAUAUAUAUAUAAAUGCACACGGGUUUUCGUGUUGUUCUUUGUUCCUUCCUUUCUUCAUUCCUUCCCAAUUAAGGUUUAUAUAUAUAAUAUAUAUUCAACAAACAAAAUCAAUCUUGCUUGAUUGAUUUGAUUCAUCUUUAUUACAUAACUUGUUGUUUGUGUGCUGAAAAAUGGUUUAGUUUCUAAGAUACCAUGUUCAACUGAAUGAUCUUGAUUCUUCAACAUCUUCCAUCUUUAGUUGGGGUUUCUCCAAAUUAAGGCAAAAAUCAAUGGAUAACUUGGGAUGGGAUGUCUCUUCUUCGAUAAACAGUUCAUCUUACUUAUGGAGCAAUAAUGAGCAGAACAUGUUCAAUUAUGCUGUUUUUGAUGAUGUUCAAGAGCCAUCAUCAAAUAUUAAUGGACCACAAUUGUAUGACAGCUUUCAAGGAUCUUCACUCGAUUCUCUUGAUCAUCACUGUACUAAUAACUCUUCAGUAAUUGAAGAUGAUUUCUCAAACCACUGCGAUAAUCUUUGGAACUUUGGUUCAAUCAAAAGGAAAAGCUUAAAUUAUAAUCAUCCCCUGCUAAUAACAUCUCAUUCAGACAUUUCAUCGAACAGGGAAGGUGCGUCAUUUUUGAAGAUCAAAACAGAAGAUAACCCAACAAACCCAAACUCCAAAAAGGUCAGGAAAUUAUUACCCAGAUCAGAAAAUCUCCCAAUUUCAUCAAACAUUAGUUUCCAACAACCAAACAAGAACUCACCGGAGGCAGUGGCGCAGAUGAAGGAGAUGAUAUACAGAGAGGCGGCGUUGAGGCCAGUGGUUAUGGGUUCAGAAGUAGUAGAGAAGCCGAAAAGGAAAAACGUGAGAAUUUCAAAGGACCCACAAACGGUGGCGGCGAGACAGAGAAGAGAAAGGAUAGGUGAGAGAAUUAGGGCAUUGCAGAAGCUUGUGCCAGGAGGAAGCAAGAUGGAUACUGCUUCAAUGCUUGAUGAGGCUGCAAAUUACCUUAAAUUUUUAAGGUCCCAGGUUAAGUCACUAGAAAACCUAGACCACAAGUUUGAUCCAAAUCCAAAUCUAAAUCCCUUUUCUUUUUUUCCUACUCCAAAUUACUUCGACCACUCGUUCCCGAUUUCUCUUUCAAAACAACCCCAAGAAGAACUAAAGAAUUGA